UCAGAAGUUGCUGACUGUGAUGUGGCAUUAGUUCUGCUGGAGUUGUGAGAUGCGCUUAAGUGAGUUGGUUUCCCCUCUCUGUCUGAACUCACAGUAGACUGAGGCUGGCUUUCAUAACCGCUGCCUCCUGCUUCAGACUGGCUGCAGGUGGAGCUGCACUGGGCUUCUCUGAGACGCUCCGCAGCGGAGAAAGAGCCCCAUUCCCCCGCGCGGAUCGGCCCGUCCCGGAAGCGUCUUUAUCACGCGUGAGCGGCUGAGCUCUGCUCGAGCGGUUACCCGUCGCCUCUCGCUGUGAAGAGCCCGUCUGGAGCAGGAUGAGCUCAGACGGCGUGCCGGGCAGGCCUGGGGUGCUGAGCUGGAGCGCCUGUCGCCUGGCUGACCCGAGGAGGAAUCAGAACGAGAGCAACUACAAAAGUCCGCUCAAACGCGAGGACAGAGACAGUGACGAGGACUACGUGUUCCCUACAGAGGACAAGCCUAGAGAACAAGAGGACGACGAAAACACCUACGAAGCCCCGCCCCCCGAGGCCUCCAACCCGCCCCGCUGGUGCUUUCCCGCCAAGCCUCUGGACGAUGGCGACUACAUAGAUGCUAUCCUUAGUCAUGGUGACUCAUCAGUGGGUUCAGAAGGCUUUACCCUGCCCCAGGGCCGCCGGCCCCGAGACGGACCCAAACACCUCCGUCCCUGCAGCAGCCACAGCGUGCAGCCCUCCUCUUGUGGAGAUGAGCAGCUCCAACAGAGGUCCCUCAGCACUUCUGCUAAACACCCCCACAGCCUUACUCCUCCCCGGGUGGACCGCAGUACGAAACCCUCCUGUCUGAAGAUCUCUUCCCCAGGAGGGGGCGUUCUACUAAACUCCAGGAACCCGCCCUGUCGGCCAAAGCAUGCAGGACUGGGAGGACCCCACAGCAGCCUGCCCCCUGGUGUUGCAAAAGGCAAACAGCAAAGAGAUGUUCCUGCUCAGUUCAGCUCCAGUUCCAGGUCAGACAGAUGUUCCACAGCAGCGCCUCAACCCCCAGCACCACCAACAAUACAGCAGUUUGAGAGCGAGCAGGACCCAGACCCCAGGUGGUACAUGGGUCAGGUGACUCGCGAGCAGGCGGAGCAUUAUCUCAGACAGGUGGGACAGGACGGGACCUUCCUGAUCAGGGACAGCUCGCAGUGCUCCAGCUCACAGCCCUACACACUCAUGGUGCUGUACCAGGGCAAAGUCUACAACAUCCAGAUCCGUUACCAUAGCCACCAGCGCACCUACGCACUGGGCACCAGAGGCAACAAGAGCUACUUGGGGCUGAGUGAUCUCAUCCAGCACCACAGGAGGGCGCCACUCAUGCUGAUUGACGGAAAGGAGCAGGGAUCUGCGCCCCAGAAGGAGUGUCUGCUCACACACCCCGCCAACGCCUGACCCCGCCCUCACACACAUUCCUACCUGGAAAUUGAACCUGUGACCUUUAGGUUACAAGACCAGCUCCUCACCCAUUAUACUACAAGGCCGCCCAGUUUCUGUAUUUAUAUACUGCCCCCCCAUGGACUCACAUAUCAAUUAACAAAUGACCUCAACCAUUCCAAGGAACGCUGAUGUGCACCUUUAGCAAAACGUUAUCUAGGAUGAAAGUAUCUGAUCCUGUCUGGUUUGAGGUGUCUGGAUUCUUUGCUUUGCCUCGUUUGUGUUGUGAGCUUCUAUUUCAUGUGCAGUGUAUGACUUUACUGAGUGAAAAAUAAAGUUUUUUUAAACUCA